UCGGCGUCGAGGUGAGAGUGGGUCACAAUCAGCGCAGUCGCAGUCGCUCAGUCCGCUAACGAUCCCGAUCAGUCCGCGGUCCGCUUGGGCAGUGUCCAGUUCUGUGUUUCCCCUUCAGCCAUGUGCAUAGUCCACCCUCAGAGCAUCCCUUCUUAGUCCUAGUUACCCCCUCGGAUCAGUAGCUAUCGACCGGUCGGAACCCGCGCGGGUGGCCCCUCAGUUCGGAUUUCUCCCAGUUGUAUUUCUAAGUCAAAAAUGAAGGUGAAAAUGUCACGAUCAAACGGAUUAUUUGUGGUGCUCGUUAUUGGUGUUUGCUGUGAGUUUGUAAGUUCUCAAGAUAUCCUCAAGACGUCGACGGCGUCCGCAAAGGACGGGACCACACCGACCCCGAGAGUGAAAAAAAGACAAGGAGGAGCGACGGAUCAGUCGACCGCAGAGUCUUGGUGGAGGCCGCCCACGCAGUCAUUCGUCGACACCCCGUACUCGGCCACUCACGGCCUCGUCCAGACCCACCCUGCAGGCUUCGGCUCCACCGGUAACAGCAUAGGUGCUGGUGAUCAGUUGGCCGCUGUGUCAGAGGAUGGCUCGACCCUGGGCUACACGUCUCUGGACUUUGACAAACACGGACUCGACGAGCUGAGGCGCAACCCGCUUCUGUCUUCACCCGAGGAGUGCGCCCGUGCCUGCAGAGAGGGCGAACCCCCCAGGAUAUGUUACUACCACUUCACCCUCGAACUUUACACUGUUCUCGGAGCUGCUUGCCAAGUGUGCGUUCCCAAUGCGACAAACACAGUAUGGAGCCACUGUCAGUGUGUCUUAGCUGAUGGAGUAGAAAGAGGAAUUUUGACAGUCAACAGAAUGAUCCCUGGACCUAGUAUACAAGUUUGUGAAGGAGACAAAGUUGUUGUAGACGUCAGGAACCAGAUGGAAGGUCUAGAAGUCACAAUCCAUUGGCACGGUAUCACCCAACGUGGAACUCAGUACUCUGAUGGUGUUCCCAUGGUUACGCAGUGCCCCAUCUUACAAGGAAACACUUUCCGGUAUCAAUGGUACGCGAACGCUGGUACUCACUUCUGGCACGCUCACACUGGAGUCCAAAAGAUGGAUGGUAUCUACGGAAGUAUCGCCGUGCGACAAGCUCCUUCAGAGGACCCAAACAGCCACCUUUACGACUACGAUUUAACGACUCACGUCAUGCUCCUCUCGGAUUGGAUGCACGAAGACGCUUUGGAGAGGUUCCCCGGAAGACUUGCCGCCAACACUGGUCAGGAUCCUGAGACUCUGCUCAUCAACGGAAAAGGACAGUUCACGGAUCCAAUGACCGGCUACAGCACCAACACCCCCUUGGAAACAUUCACGAUCACUCCUGGCAGAAGGUACAGAUUCCGUAUGAUCAACUCUUUGGCUAGUGUCUGCCCAGCUCAACUGACUGUUCAAGGUCAUCCCCUCAUCCUCAUCGCCACCGAUGGAGAGCCAGUCCACCCUGUUGUUGUAAACACCAUCAUCUCUUUCUCAGGAGAAAGAUACGAUUUCGUGAUCAAUGCCGAACAGCCCGUCGGAGCUUACUGGAUCCAAGUUCGAGGACUCGGAGAAUGUGGUAACAAACGAGUGCAGCAAUUGGCCAUCCUCCGGUACGCUCGAGGACCCUACCAACCCACUUCCCGUGCUCCCACCUACGAUAUUGGAAUCCCACAAGGAGUCGUUCUUAACCCGUUGGAUGCCGUCUGCAACAGACCGAGAACCGAUGCCAUUUGCAUAAACCAAUUGAAAAACGCCAAAAAGGUAGAUAAGGCUUUACUCCAAGAACUGCCCGACAUCAAGAUCUUCUUGCCGUUCAAAUUCUUGUUCUACCGACCUGAGGAAAUCUUCACACCACACACUUACAACAGAUUCUUGGUUGCUCCGGGUGGUGGAGAUCAUGUCAUCAGUUUAGUGGACAACAUUUCGUACGUUUCGCCACCAGCUCCACCUCUAAGUCAGAUCGACGACAUCCCACCAGAGAUGUUCUGCAACGGAGACAACAGGCCAGCAGACUGUGGAAGGAACUGUAUGUGCACACACAAGGUGGACAUUCCUCUUCACGCUAUUGUAGAGGUCGUUCUCGUCGACGAGGUACAACAACCAAACUUGAGUCAUCCGUUCCAUUUGCACGGUUACACAUUCAAUGUCAUCGGUAUGGGUCGAUCACCAGACAAGAACGUUAAGAAAAUCAACUUGAAACACGCAUUAGAUCUUGACAGGCGAGGACUGUUGGACAGACACUUCAACCUUCCUCCCGGCAAGGACACAAUUGCAGUACCAAACAACGGAUACGUUGUCUUUAGGUUUAGGGCAGACAAUCCAGGUUACUGGUUGUUCCACUGUCACUUCUUGUUCCACAUUCUCAUCGGUAUGAACUUAGUCCUUCACGUAGGUACUCACGCCGACCUACCACCAGUGCCAGAAGGUUUCCCUCGAUGUGGAGACUUCUUACCCCCGGUCAGUUUACAUUGAUAGCUGCUAAACCAAUUCAGACACUCGUGUACCUAUCUAAGCCAAGCCACGAUGACCAACUCAUUUCUCGAGUCUGUCGUUGAGUAACUUCAAAUCCUCAUUCUUGUGUUCAGAUUCUUAAGCAAGGGGUACUUCAGUCAAAUCAUCUCAUUUGUAAAUAGUCAUCUUGUCACCCGAGACCCGAGUAAGCGGGAUAUGGCGAAUCCUUCUCAGAGACGAAAAGCUCUAAACUCUAUCAACUUAGCUCAUCUCCCCUUUGGAAGUGAUUGUGCGCGAAUUGCAUUAUUAUGAGUCAAUGAGUCGGCAAUGAAACAAAUGCGCGUAAUUUUACGUGCAUUUGUAGCUCCGAUUAACCUAUCUCCUACGGUCACUGCACGGUUAGGAGACUAUUUUUCACGGUGCAGUCAAGUCAGGGAAAUUCAAGCGCUCUGCGAAUGAAAGGACAUGAAUGCACACCCAGCCAAGCUCCAUCUGAGUUCUCAUCCGUUUCAGGAUUUUUAAACAAAAUGACUCCUACUUACUCUGUGGUGACUUAUUGUAGUAUUUGAAACGUCGAUCAUCAGCAUUUGCCCGGGAAAAAGUUGAUAUUUACAUCAUGCCGAAUAAACGCAAAAUGGGUUUAUUCAUUAUGAGUAUUCUUCGCACAUUGAAUUAUUUUGCCGAAAAGUGUACUCAUCUAUAAUGUAGAGCAUUCCGGAUCCGGGCUAAUAUUAUAAUUUUGCAGCUCCAGUUUCGCUGUGACAAUGAGUGUAAGGGGAUGAUUUCCAUCUGAAAUUUUUAUUAAUGGAGAGCAAAAAUGAUGCAUGCGUCCUAUUCUUCUUACUCGCGCUCUCUCGGGUUCUUUUCUUCUUUAAAUCGCCUUCAGCGUAAGCGUUAGGGGGAAAUAAUUUUCAUUGCCAAAGCUGCAAAGCUCUAAUUACUUUUCCUCUACCGUCAAAAGUCGAAAUUCACUUUUGUGGGAAACUGCAGCUAUUUUGAAAAUUCGAACAACUGAGUAAUGUUACCAAUUUUCUGUUUCGAGAUCACCGAGCAGCUGCAAUCAGCCGAUAUGUUUAAAAUGUGAGAAAUAAGCCAUAAAACUUUUUUGACUGAUGAACAGUUUCAAAAUAAUGUACAGUGUCCCUCCCCCCCCUCUUUUUUUUAUCUCUCAUUUUCACCAAUCAGAUCCAUCAAAACAUCCCGUCCAGAGUAACGCAUUAGUUACAUGUCUCGUUGCAGCUACUCGGCCUUGAAGCUCCUUAUUCUUAGUUGAUUGUGAAUAUUUCAAUGUUGUUCCCGUGAAUUUUCCAUGUAAAUAAAAUGCCAUAAUGUAUCUUUACCUUGCGUCUCUCGAAAGUUGCUUCAUACAUACGUUGAUUCAGCCUCAUUUUGCGGUCAUUCCCUAUCUGUUAUGAUGUGCGAUCAUUCACAUAAAUCUCAAAUCUUAAAGUUUGCAUGGAGAAAGUUCAAUUGCAAUACCUACUACGUCUCAAAAUUACUGAUUUUUAGGAAAAAAAGAAAAAUGAAUCUAUUCAAGCAGUUUAUAAUUUUUAGAUGUGUGGCUCAACCAAGAAAUUGUUUUUUAAAUUACAUUUUGUUUUGAAUUUUUUUGAAUACUUACAUGGAAAAUUAAGGUUCAAAGCCUCAUCAAUACUGUUUUGAUUCAAACUGCAAAAAGCCCCCAAAACAUCAGAACACCCGAAACGUCAAGUUACAAGAUUUGUAGUGCACUUAGUGAUACACGAUUUUAAUUGUGGUUAAUCUUAUUUUCUGUUGACUUUUGAAGACUCAAGUUAGACCUUUUUCUUUCACUUUCAUUUCUAUUUCAUCUUAUCUCUAUGAAUCAUCCCUUGUUUUAUCGUAUGGCUCCUGAAAGAAUCUGAAAUAGUACCAUAAUCCUCUUUUUUCAUAAGAUAAUUUCGCAUAAAGGAAACACUCUCGCCUUAAGAAAAAACUAGAAACUAAUAGAAGAUUCCUUUUAAAAUGUAGCCAUUUUACCAAAUAGUUGAUUAAAAAUCAAUGUUAGGUAUUUUAUUUUUAUUUAUUAUUUUUUCGCCGACUACGAUUGAUGGUGAUAUAACGGUCAGUAUUUGACGAAAAUUAUAGAAUUUUCUUCUCAAUAAUGAUUAUUUUCCAAAUUUCAAACUCUCUCAUACAAAGUGACCACGUUGUUCUACUCUAUGAUUAUUGUGGUCAGUGCCAUUUUCUCCUGAUAUAAGAGGAACAGAUUCAAAGCUUAAAAUUAAAGAUUCCAAUAAUCCUAGCAUCCAAUUUUGACGAUGAAAAGUAAAAAAGGGGGAGAAGAAAAAAAUAUAAAAUAAUAUUGCAUUUUUUUUUUUUUUUAAACUUUUAUUCCCCCUCAAAUUGUGCGUAUUUACUUCCCCAAAAUAUCUGAGUAUGUCAUCAUAAUGCGACCGUUAUAAUAUUAAAAAAUUAAGUGGUUUCCUUUGAAAUUUUAUGAAAAAAGUGUACGAAAUCGGUAUGCGUUGCGACUGCGUACUUAUUUGUUAUUUAGAUAUGCCUAUUUUGUGUUGAAUGUGUUAGCUAUUUGUUUCGUGUGAAUGUUUUUUUACAAAUGUUAUUUUAAGUCUGUCAUCAAAAUGUUUUCCAAAUUUUUGUAUCUAUAAAUUUAAACUAAUUAAUUUAUCAGAAUUUUGUACAAAAACAUUUUUGAAAAAAAUAAAAAAAAAUUAUUAAUAGUUGGUUUGAACAUCACAUGCACAUCUGAGGUGCGUACUUAUCACCGCACCGGUGUGAAGUAUCGAUUAAAAACUUCUUUCAAUUUGGUGACUUCAUGAAGCUUGGAGACUGGGUAUGUUUCUCCGGAAAUAAGAACCUUCAAGAUGUGAUUCAGAAAAAUUUAGUGAUGCUCAAAAUUGUAGGGGGAAAAAAUUGAAUACCAUCACUGUCUUGAUGUCUUUAGGAAUAAGUGCAGAGUCAUUGAUUUUUUGGCGAAUUUUGUAGGUGACUAACGUACAUUUCUUUAGUAGCAUCUGAAUUAUGUUUUAAAAUUUUCAUAGGUAAUUUACAACUAAUAUUGAGCUAUGAUUUAAAUUGAACACAAAUUCAAACUUAGUGGUCAGAUUUUUGCAAUCAAUCUCCGAAUCUUUUUAGAAGAGAUCCCGGAAAUUUCGCUUCGUUUCUCGAGGAUAUAAAAUGACCACAUUGAUUUGAUAACUUGAAAAUAUCGCUCGGCAAAUUUCAAACUUUCAUUUUUCCGGUGAAAUUAUUGAAGAUGAAUAGGUACAAAAUACGCAUUCUCAGGAUAAUAUUAAAUAAUAAUGUCCUUCUCAUCAAUUAGUAAAUUACAUGCGAGUAUGGCUGAAUCGUUAAAUAUCGAUUUAUUUCCUAUGAUAGCAUUGAGAGUGGCCAUGAUACUGUUUGGAUCGAAUUCGAUAAAAAUAAUUUUUGUUAAUUGUUCAGAUUUCGAUGCAAACAAUAAUAUAACUUCAUCCAAUGCAAAAUGGGAAUUAUUUGAUUCUACCCCACGGGCGUGCCAAUUUCGGAUGGAGGGGGGAGGGGGUUCCUUUCAUCCCCUCUUCCUCCCUCUUCAACGGGCACCCCAGCUACUGUGGUGGUCGAUGACAUGAAUAAUACCGUUAACUUUUAUUCUGCAUUUAUUUUUAAUGUAACGUCACAGUUAUAGUAAUUUGAUUUUAUUAUCUUCGAGGUCUGCGUGCCCGUGCAUAAAACAAUAAGUUUAACUGCAUCAUCACUCUAAUUAUUAUAAUUUUAAUUUUUAUGUUUAUGCUCAAAAGGUACCUUAUUUGUACAUUCCAAAAUAGAAACUUUAGGAUUAUUAAACAAUUUUGAUUCAUAGCGUAAGUUGAAGCCAACGGUUUCAUCAAGUGGAGUUGUGACGCGUGUAUUUUUGAAUGCAACUUAGAAGUUGAUACUUAUAUGCAUCAAUUGUGUAAAUUACUGUAAAUAAACUUACUUAGGGUUCAGCGCAAUAUUUUUUCCAAUGAUUAAUUUGACUCAAACAAAUAACCUGGUAUUGACCUGGAAUUCAGCUGCAGCUCGAAGCUGUCCGGAUUUUUUAUAUUCUGGACUUUAAGUAAUGCCAAUUUUUUAAUAAUCUUUGCAGACGUGGCCAUCAAAUAUGUGUAAGAACUUAUUUUCUUUUUGUUUUAAACAAAGUGUAUUAUCAGGGACCACUUUUUGAAAUGCAUUUUUGUAAUUUUACUAAAUUAGUCUAUGCAUUUAAAUUUCUUAGUUAUAAUUUUACCAUUGCUUAUCGUAUCAAAAUAAAAUGAGUUUUAUUGAUGUAA